AUGCCAAGACUUUUUGACAACCAGAGACAUGCAGUUUGGGGCAUGGUGCAAGGAGGCAUUUCAAGUCGUGAAAUUGCACGCAGAAUGCAUUGUUCAGCCUCAACAAUUACCAGACGUAUCCAAAGAUUCAACCAAACUGGGUCUUUGAAUGAUAGACCACGUCCCGGAAGACAGAGAGCAACUACUGCCCAACAGGACCGAUACAUUCGUCUUCAGCAUCUGCGAGAUCGGUUCAGUACGGCUGUCCAAACAGCACGGGAGACUGUCGGCGUCCAUAGGAGACAAAGUGGAGCAAACACGGUAAGACACCGUUUGCGCAGCAGUGGAUUGAGGGCACGGAGGCCUUUCCGUGGUAACAUGCUGACAGCAGUGCGACGCAAAAAUCGCUUAAGAUGGACACAACAGCGUCAGAGAUGGUCACACAGGCAAUGA